AUGAUGCGCCUCCCUGAAAUGGAUCCAUCCGGCUUCAAGGUGAAGCUGGCUGAAUAUGCUGUAAUAUUUUACAUCACCUACAAAGUAUUUACCUAUAUCCAAAGACUGUACUUUCACCCUCUGUCGAAGUUUCCUGGGCCGAAGAUCGCCGCAGCCUCAAAGCUGUAUGAAUUUUACUGGGACUCUUAUCAGCACGGGCGUCUGUGGGCGAAGCUACCAGAACUUCAUAGACACUAUGGACAGAUAAUCCGUAUCGGACCCAAUGAGAUUCACAUCGAAGAUUCUCAGUAUUUCGAUACGAUCUUUGGAUUUCGCCCUCUGAACAAGGAGGCCUUGACUGCCAAGGAAUUCGGCAUCAACCAUGCUCUUUUUGGCGUUGAAGAUUACAAGACAUACACCAAGAAACGGGCAGCAUUCGGGGAUGCUUUCUCGCGGUCCAAACUGUUCAAAAUUCAAGAUCAGAUCAACAAUGACAUCGAGAAUGGAUGUGCAUGGGUUGAGGAGCAAAGUAAAAAUGGGGGACCUGUUGACCUGGCAUUCUUGUUCCGGGCUGUGCCAGCGGAGAUAAUUACCAGAUAUCUGUUUGGGCAAGAGUAUGGCUUUCUCAAAGACGUGCAGACAACCAAGAAUUUAUACGACAAGAGGUUAGAUCGUUUGUUUGGACUCGCGCAUCUAGGUCGAUUCAUCCCCAAAGAUAUACCACUAUUUGCAUCGCUUUUCCGCCAGCUUGGAAUGAGGGCAUUAGGCUUGAAUGAUCCUGGCUCCGCAUUUUUGGACUACUUUAUGCUGGCGCAAAAGCUGGUACAAAAGGUUGUGACUCAACAUAAUGACCCAAACUCCAACAUCAAAGGUUCAAAUCAGCAUACGGUCUUCGAUGACUUUCUAGACAGCUCAUUGCCCCAAUCAGAGAAGGAAAAAGGACCUCUUACUCAACAGGCGGUGGCUAUCUGGAGUGGCGGCUGGGACACUGUUGGCUUUGCGUUGACCAUGGGAACCUACCAGCUGCUUCAAAACCCUGAGAUCAUGGAGCGACUCUACAAUGAACUGAAAGAAGCGUGGAGGGACCCGAAUGAAGCACCGGAUAUUGCAGUUCUGGACAAGCUACCAUAUCUCACGGCCGUGCUGAAAGAGACCUUCCGCCAUUCGCCUGGAGCGCUUUGCCGUAUAAGCCGCGUCAAUCCACGACAGCCUGAACAAUAUGGCGAUUGGGAGAUUCCACCUGGUACUAUAAUCAGCAUGUCCAUCCCCGAUGUUCUUUCAGACCAGAGCAUAUGGGGUUCUGAUGCAGCCGUCUUCAGGCCUGAGCGGUGGCUCGAUCGCACAGAUCUGGAUCGAUACCUGGUAACAUUUAGCAAAGGGACACGAAUCUGUCCCGGCAUUGAGCUGGCAUGGAUCGAGAUACGACUGAUAAUUGCCAGUCUUUUUAGAAAAUACCAUAUGAGUAUUGCGCCGGAAGCAGGCAUCACUGAUGAUGAUAUCCUACCGUUCUACGAUGGUUUUACUCCUGCAGUCAAAAACUGGAUCUCACGUCUUCCAGUAACGGUCAAGCCUAGAGACUAA